CAUCAAAAACCCAUCAAAGUCCUGCUCAUCAUGGCAUAUUUAUAAGAGCUUGGUCUGUUGUGUUGUUGCUGUCAAUCACUCUGACAGUACCCACAGCACAUCAAGAAGUAGAAGGAGAAGAAGAAGAAGUCACUCCUUGAUUGUUGGAGCUGUGUUCUUGUUUGUGUAGUGUGCGACGGGAGAGAGAGAGAGAGAGAGAGAGAGAAUGUAUGCAGAGACUGGACUGUCGUUUCCUUGCUUCCAGAAUUUCUACCCGGAGGUUCAGCCGCUUGAAGAGUUCUACAAAGCUCAGAAAUCACCUUAUUCUCUGGACAACGUGGUUCAGGUUUCUACCAUAUCAGAAUAUGACCUCGGUGGGGCUGGGGAUCUAUUCAAAGCUCCAGAGCCAGUAAUUGAGGAGCCAAUCGCGAGGCUCGAUCCCAUGACAGCAGCCAUCUCAAUGAUCUCUGGCCCAGAAGAUGUCAUCUCCUCUCAAGGCCUCAAAGCCAGUGAUAUUGUAUCACUUCAGGGCGAGCCGCUCUUGAGUGAGGUUUUCUAUGAGUGUAAGAAGGAUCUCUUAGCAAACGGCGCAAUCGGUGCCUCAAUUGCCGAAGUCAUGGAAAUGAAAGUUCCUCUGAUGAGUAUCGAUGAGAACCAAUCUCAAGAGAACAAUUUGACUGCACAGCUACCAUUCCCCAAGUGUGUUAGCUCAGGAAGUCUGAGUUCCAUUAGCGGACUGAAGCCAAGUUUCCUCGAUUUUGCUGAGGUGGACUUCAGAGAUGGAACGCUCUGUGGAAUGCGGAGGGCAUAUAGUGAAGGAGACAUAAAGACUCUUGAUGGUGGUAAUCCACUUCAGCAGCCGAUACUUUUCAGCAACUACACCUCCGAAGGACGCUGGGAAAAGCUUUCUAGAUACAGGACCAAGAAGAGCAAGAGGAACUUUGGCAGGAAGAUCAAGUAUGCUUGCAGAAAGGCUCUUGCUGAUAAUCAACCGAGGAUCCGAGGAAGAUUUGCGAAGAUGGAAGAGUCAGACACCUCAAGUCGGACUUAGAAGUCGCGACCAUCUAAGAUAGAUAGAUGAAAAUAACAGAUCAAGAUCUCAGUGGCCACCCUCUCAGAGGCUGACUCCGUUAAAGGCUCGAAACAACUACUGGAGAUUUAGGUUUAAUUUCUUAUUAAUCGUUGUGACUUGUUGGUAGACUUAAAUGGCCAGGUUAGAUUUGUACAUGAGUGUUGAAUAAAAGGUAAAGCCCAGAAGAAUGUAUUUGACAUGUUUAAUAAUGUUAAUUAGAGCAGUGUUAUUUGGUUUCCAA